AUGGGCGAAGACAAGUACACGCACAGUUCCUUUACGCUCCUGCAAACCACGGAGCAGAUACGGGCGGUGGUGGACUACGUACUGAGGCAGCCCGAGUCGGACGUCCCGGUGCAGUUACGGCGAGACCUGGUACUCUGGCGGGACGGAGAUGAGGGAGAGAGAAAGAGUAGGGCCCCCUCCGCAGACAACAACGUGGAGGAAAUCUCGAGCACUAUAUCGUUCGAACUGAUAAAGAGGGCUCAUAAGCAGCUAGAGAAAACGCCGCUAGAGAAUGGUCAUGUAUAUCUCCACGAUCUGGUAAGUGGUAGCCGACUGGUCCUCCCGAGUCUCCUCCCUCCCCCGAGGAAUCCGGAGCUGGUGAAACGACUGGAGAGGAUAAAGAGAAAGCAAGAGCAGAAGGAAUACGACAAGAUGGUCUCAAAUGUGGACAAUUCAAAACAGCUUCUUGAACAGGCAACACUUGGCCUGGAAGUUCAGGCAACAAGUAGACAGCUGUGGACAGUAGUCAACUUUAUAGUCACGGUCGUUGGAGCGUUUAUGUUUGCGUUCUGUGCGGCCGGAGCAGUGGGUUACUCCCUCCCAACUUGUGUCUUCUCUGGUCUGUUUGUGGGAGUUUUGGUGUUCAUUGCAGACCUCUACUUCCUGGUCAAGUUGUCCAACACCAACACUCUCUCGUCUGGUUCGGGAAUGGUUCGGCCGCAACUGAGGAGACUGCUGCUACUGGGAGUGCCGGCUCUGGCCCUUGCAGGUAUCCUGGGAGGGCUCGCCACUUGGCUGUGGGGUCGGCGGAGGAGACGGAGACUAACGCUGGGCCGGCUGCGAACCGUAUCCCGCGAGGUCGACGCGACGGCAUUGAGCGACGGCGAGCGGAGCCCCGCGACGAAGCUACGUGCCAGCGCCGAGGAGUUUUAUCCGUCCCUCAACCGCCUGCCUCCUCCGCCAGCACUGUGCGCACCGUCCGAGGUCCUCCCCGCUGCGACUGUCGAUAAGCUCGGUCCGCCACCCAAGGCCGAGCGGUCUUCGCUAGCUGCCCAGGUCCACCCGGCGCUCCAGCCGCAUCCCCAUCUCCUGAAGGGAGCCUGGAUUCCGCCCAGCGAGCAGCAACAGUCGAGACCACCUGCAAAGAUGCGAGGGAGACCAGGGCACGCUGUGUACCAUACCGUGGACCAACCUACCUCCCUACAAGACCCACUCUCAACAACAGUAUCGACCACUACAACAGCUGAACAAGUCGACAGCGUUUUGGCUCCCAAGAGCUCGGCGGAAUCGCUGAGUAACGGGAUCCCUCUCAGUUCCAGCGGGACCACAAUGCUCUCCGAGUACAGCGGCGAGGCUCCGCUCAAAUCAGACGACUCGGGAAUCCUCGUCCAGGGUCGAAAAUACCCGCUGGCCUCCAGCGACGUCCAAUCAGAAACGUUCUCCGAGGUCGAGAGCUUUGGAUCUGCAGAGGACAUCUCUUCCUCUCGCCAGAUCCCGGUGCACGAAGAGUCCAACAUUGCCCACUCCCUCCUCCUCGCCAACACGGAGAAGACCCUCGGUCUCGGAAUUAUCACCAAGGCCGCUGUCGGAGCCGGUAGAAGUGCUACUGCAGCGUCUGGUGGAGGGAUUUCUGCCAGCGUGUCGGCACCGAGUCUAGGAGUAGUCAAACAGCAGAGCUCGCCUCCACCGCAGGCCAGUCUGAGCAUGUCGAGUCGCGACAUCGACAGCCCCCUGCUCCGACUGGACAGCUUCAAGAACCGCGUAAAAGUCACCAUCCAACUCCCGAGAGACUCCGUCGGGCGAUUUAUCGGGAAACAAGGAAGGAACAUCAAGACACUCAUGGCGGACUCUAACACCCACGUCUACGGCAGUGCGACUGAGGUGGAGCUCGCCCUCAAGCAGAUCAGCAUCAAGUUCCCCGAGAUAGACAUCCCGGGAUCCAUCGACGACAUCAGCACCGUGAGUGCCACGCCACUUGGCUCCCUCAGCCCUCUCUUUGCCAACCUGGAGGAGGGCAUUAAUUGGGAGGUGCAGCUACGACAGCUGCCGCUACCAAAGACCUCUCCGUUCUACGCGAUGGUCUCCUACAUCGAGUCCCUCAACCGACUGUGGGUGUUUCCCUACGACUCCAGUCGAAAGUUGGACGACCUUCACCAGAGCAUGAGCUUCUUCUACGCGUACGCGUCGAGCAUGGGUCUCCAGCGAGCCAACGAGGGGGAUGGGGGGAUGGUGGGGAGGUUCUGUGCCGCCAAAGUGAGCGACAUCCACUGGCUGAGGGCCCACGUGACCAAGAUCGGGGACGACUCUAAGAGCUACGAGCUCCAGCUGGUCGACUACGGCAGCACUGUUGUACUCCCACCCAGUUCCAUUAGACCUCUCAAAAAGGACUAUGCCAUUAUGGAGAUGCAGGCCUUUCCCUGUGAGCUAGUCAACGUUGUGCCAAAUGAGACAAGAGUACAACAGUGGUUUAUUGCCAGCAGGUCUUCGUGA